AUGUCGGUGGCCCCUCGACGGGCUCGACCGAGAUCAUGCAAGUUCAAAUUGUACCAAAUUACGUUUUUUCUGCAAAAUAGGCACAUAAAUUUUCUCGAAAAUCACAUUCAAGAUAGGUUUCGUCGGCUUGGGCUCUUCAUAGGAUCCAAUCCUGCAUUAUUCAUCUGCAUAUCUUUAGUUUUAUCGUUAUUAUCUAUCGGAUGCUAUAACAUUCGGUUCGCUCAAAAUCUGCAGGACGGAUUUGUGGCGAAGACUUCUAUGGCACGGGUUGAACAAGCCGUUAAGGCAGAAUUCGAUGGAGAACAAACAAGUAAAGUUCAACAUUUUGUUAUUUUGGUUCGUCGUGCAGAUGGUGGAAACAUAUUGGAUCGGAAUUACUACACUAGACUGAAGGAUUUACAUGAUCAUAUAGUUAACAAUAUCAGUGUAACGAUUGAUGGAACAAGUUAUGUCCAUACGGGUUUACAGGGAAAAUAUACAAAUAUUAAUAUUUUAUUGUGGCAAUUGAUAAAUUGUCUUGAUGGCGUUUAUAACAAUUCAAAUGUUUACUUGGAUCAUCCUCAGUCUCGACUGUUUGGAUAUCCAAUACUAAUUGCACCACAUGCUUUUGGAAUUACCCGAAAGUCGAAAUCAGAAGAAACGGAAUUAGAAGGAAAUUUAGGGCAAGCCGUUCAUGUACCUUACAAUAGUAUCAAUUCAUUCCCAGAUCACAGCAAUCGAACGGGGAUCAAAGAAGUCAAAAUGAUAUCAAUGUACUUUUCUGCUCCGAUCCCAGAUGAUAAUACAACUAACAUCAUAACGAAAUGGGAAUCAGCUGUUUUCAAAUGGGCUUACAGUGAGAAUCGAGAGUUCCAACAGUUUAGGAUUGACGUAAUGGGGGAUAAGAUUUUGGGACAGGAAAUGAUUCGAGGCGGUUUAUCUCUUCUUGAUUACUUGGCUUUUGGAAUAGCUGUUACCAUCAUAUUCGUUCUCAUAAUAAUCAUUUUCACAUUCUUCGCGGCUGGAAGGAAGGACUUUGGAUGGACUUUCGUUGUCAUAGGAAUGAUUGCCUCUCCAAUGAUCGCCAUCAUAAUGACUUUCGGUUUUAUUCAUGGAAUUCUAGAAGUUGAUAUGUACCCAACCAUUAUGGUUAUCCCUUUUCUUAUUUUGGCAAUCGGAGUAGACGAUGCUUUCCUUAUGAAUGGAGCUUUUAUUGCAAUUCAAGAAGAAUAUAGAACUACAGAAGGCGGUAAAGGACAUACCGUGGUUGCCCUAAUCUUUUCUAAAGUGUUGGAAUCAGUAGGACCUUCUAUUACAAUAACAUCUUUAACAAACGCUAUUGCCUUCGGGAUAGGGAUGUUAACAGAUUCUCCUGCUGUUCAGGUUUUCUGUUUAUCAGCCACAGUUGCAAUCAUUUUCGACUAUAUUCUGGAGAUAAUAUUGUUUGGAAGUAUGCUAGUGCUCAGUGGUCGGUGUUAUAAGAGUUGCCCCAGCACUGAACCUUUGAGAGAAAACAUGACAAAAAUGAAAAAGUCAAUAAUACGUUGGUAUUCUCAUCUCCUAACUAGAUCAACUACUCGGAUAUGCGUUGUGACGGCAACACUGCUCUUCUUCAUUUUCAGCUUAUAUCAAGCUGUAACGAUUGAAAUACAGAUAAAUUCUCAGAAAAUUAUUCCAAAGGACUCUGUUUUAUUGGAAGCUGAUCGUCUGUUCCGAGAAUACUAUUGGAAAGAGUAUGAACCUUUGUAUAUAUACGUUAACAACCCGCCAGCUACCCUGAAUCAGGAAACAUUAAGUGAUCUGAAAGCGAUGAUCAACGAUUUCGAAACUAUGCCGAGAUCCAUCGGUAACAAAUCAACUGUUCUGUGGUUAACUGACUAUGAAAAGGCUUAUCAACCAUUGUAUGAUUUCCACAAUCUUUGGGGAGAUUUCCCACUAUCAUAUGAUGAAUUAAGUCAUUUCCUUGAAGAGACUCCUGCUAGACAUAUUUGGAGCAACUUCGUUCACUGGCAUAGAAAUCAGAAAGGAGACACUGUUGUUGAUAGUUUUCAUUUCAUGACAGGAAUUCAUAAUGGAACUACUUGGGAAGAAAGAGCUUCAAAUAUGCUUCACUGGAGGGAUGUAGCAGAAAAAUGGAAACGAUUCAACGUCACUGUUUUCUCGGAAAAUUCUGCAGUGUUCGAAGGUAUUCAUGGAAUUCCUCGACAGACCAUAAUGGCAACACUUCUCACCCUAUUCUCGAUGAUAAUUGUAUGCUUAAUCUUCAUUCCAUCAAUUGUCAGCGUUAUGUUCGCUGCUUUUGCUAUACUCAAUAUCAGUAUAUGUGUGAUAGGUUUCCUUCAUUGGACAGGAUUCAAUUUAGAUCCUGUGACUCAAGCCUCAAUAUUGAUGUCAAUAGGAUUUAGCGUUGAUUUUACCGCUCAUAUUUCUUUUCAUUUCCAAAGUGCAUGGUCUAGAUCAAGCAGUGUUACUACGACACAAGAAGUUCUGGAACGCACUUUUGAUGCUGUGGGUAUAGCAAUGCUGGAGUCAGCAGCUUCAACAGUAGCUUGUUUCGUUCCACCAGCAUGGCAUAGUGAUUACACACCUCGGGUCUUUGUUGUUACUGUUUUCUUCCUUGUUGCAUAUGGAGCUUUAUUUGGAUUGUUCAUACUUCCAACUAUCUUGGCCAUGUUCAGCAGAAGUUUUUAUAUCUUGGAAAACCCUUAUCACAACGUUGUUGAACAUGAUUCAAUGACAGUUAUGAUUGAAGGAAAACCUGAUGUGAUAAAAGAAAAACCCGCCUUAGAUGUUCCUUUGCUGUUCGAGAAUUCAUCUUCAAACUCAUCAGAAAAAGACACAACGUCAUCGCUUCUAACUUCAACUGACGAUUCACCAUAG